CUUCUUCUGCUUCGUCAGCUUCUUCUGCUUCGUCAGGUUUGUUGGCUUCUCAGACAUCUCUGACUUCUUCAGCUUCUUUCUCUUCAUUGGUUUCUUUGGCUUCUUUCACUUCCUUAGCUCCUUCUGCUAUUUCUGCUUCUGCUCUUCUUCCUGUCUUACCUCCUUAUUUAGCUCGACCCACUGGUGUUCCUGAAGAUCAUCUUUCAAG